ACAUUUUAAUAAUUAGAUCAAUUAUAUAUAACUUUGAUAUCACUGUUGGACCAUAGGUUCACAAAAUUACCUUGCUCAGGAUAUUGCAUUUUCCCUUUCUCUCAAGCAGAUGCCUGGGUCUCUAACCAGAUAGUUAAGCACAGUCCAGGUUUUCAAACCACAAAUCAGAUUUUACUAAAUUCCAUAAAUGUUUACUGAAACUCUACCAUCUUGCAGGUAUCAUUAGGCACUGUGAUAUGUAAGUUCUGGAUGGUACAUCUAACUCCUGUUAUGGAGAGAACUAAAUACACAAGAAUAAUAUAAAGUCUGCUUAAAGGUUGAAGAAGAGAAACAAUAAAUAAACCAGGAUUUCAUUCAAAAUACUUCCCACUAAUUUACAAGUCUAAGUACUUACUGUAGUUAUUUUCCUAAUACUACGAAGCAAGAUGAAACCAGCUUUUGGCUCAACUACUGCUUAGAAACAGUGUUCGUCUAGCAUUGGCUGUUCUGUUGGGAUACAAGCUGGGUGUAGAUUUUUUUUGCCUUGUUUUUGCUCAUGCUAAUCCUUUUUAGGCUUAGACGGUCCUGUUGAAAUCCUUUGCAUCAGUAAAAUCGCAUCUCAACUGUCAGUUUAGAUGGGGUGAUUCCCUAAGUGAGCUUUUCUGUGUUCCCACCCAGCCUUUCAGUUUGUGCGUCUGCCUUUCUGUUAAUUAGUAUGAUCGAUUAAUUCAUUCUUUGGGAUUUCAAAAGAAUUAAAAAGGUAGUGCAUAUAGGUGGAGACUGGAGGUGAGGCCGAGAGGGAGGAGGCAUUGCAGUCCCAGGGAAUAAGGCGAUGUUUAUUCAGAAAGACCAGAAGUCAGAGUGGCCAAAGGAUUGCGGAUAGGAGAAAAUGGGUGGCAGCUUGGGCUUGGAAUUUAGAAAAUUUUUCUACUGGAACAUACGUACUGGAAUUCUGGGUAAGAGUCUUCUCCAUAUCAUUCACUACAUAAAUGAAUAAGUAUUCACCGUACUGAGAAGGUAUUGAACAAGAGAAUGAUAUCACAUGAAUUCUAGCCAAGGGCUUGUGAAGAACCAGACUGAUUGGAGGAAAAGUAGACACAGCCUGAUUACUCCGUGCAUUUGAGCCGUAGGUAUGGGGGAAAAAAACAAAAACCAAAACCCACAGCAGACUCUCUUCAAAGAUACAAAGUCUCACUUUUCCCCUUUUUGGAAUCUUUUUCACACAUCUGGCUAUUUUUAUUUUUAGAAACCCAGCUUUAGUAAAUAAUGAGUGUGUGCGUGCGUGUAGUUUUAAAUUCAGAAAGUAUUGCACGAUCGUCUUUUAGAACACCUGGAAGUGUGUGCUACAAAACAGCCUACAAUAAAUGCGUUAGUUCUUCCAGGUCCGUCAACACGAAAGGUUGGUGGGGGACCGCAGCUGCGACGGCACGGGUGGCUGGAUAACCCCACCUGAGCCGCGGGCUCUCUCGGCCGGGCACGCGGGAUUUAGGCUGCGCGCACGGUGGGCGCUCCCUGCGGGCGACUAGCAUUCGGGGCGCGGCCUCGCGAGACCGCCGCCCACGAGCGCGCGCGGGUGAGCGGCGGCCGAGGCGUCCUUCGAGCGCUCUCAACGGCCGCCGGCUCAGUCCACUCUCGGAGCCCAGAAGCCACACCAUGCUCCGCCUGAGGCUGCUGCUGCUCGCUGGGCUCGGUGGCUUGCUGGCGUCAGGACCGGGUUCUCAAAAUUCAUUUCUACAAAUUGUAGUUCCAGAGAAAAUCCAAGCAAAUACAAGUGAUAAUUCAGAAGCAGACAAUGAACAGAUAUCCUAUACUAUUGUAAUAGAUGAGAAGCCAUACACUGUACACCUUAAGCAAAGUUUUUUUUUAGCACAUAAUUUUAUGCUUUAUUUGUAUAAUCAAGGAUCUGUGAAUUCUCAUCCUUCAGAUAUUCAGGCUCAGUGCUACUACCAGGGGCAUAUUGAAGGACAUCCGAACUCUGUUGUCACACUCAGCACGUGCUCUGGAUUGAGAGGAAUACUGCAAUUUGAAAAUAUUUCUUAUGGAAUCGAGCCUCUGGAAUCUGCAAUUGAAUUUCAACAUCUUCUUUAUAAAUUAAGGAGUAGAAACAGUGAACUUGAAGAUCUUACUGAAGAUAACCAAGGCAUAGAACAAAACCCAGUGGACUAUAACAUUUUUAUAAGUGAAAAGUCAGAAUCAGCUGUUCCAGAUUUAAUUCCUCUUUAUCUAGAAAUGUAUAUUGUGGUGGAUAAAGCUUUGUAUGAUUACUUGGGCUCUGAUAGCAUGAUAGUAACAAAUAAAGUCAUCGAAACUAUUGGCCUUGUAAAUUCGAUGUUUGCCCAAUUUAAAGUUACUGUUGUGCUGUCAUCGUUGGAGAUGUGGUCAGAUAAAAAUAAGAUUUCUACAGUUGGUGAGGCAGAUGAAGUAUUGCGUAGAUUUUUAGAAUGGAAAAAGUUCUAUCUUACUCUGAGGCCUCAUGAUAUUGCAUAUUUAUUCAUCUAUAGCGAUCAUCCAGAUUAUGUGGGAGCCACAGUUCCUGGAAAGAUGUGUGUUACCCAUUAUUCUGCUGGAAUUGCUUUGUACCCCAAGGAGAUAACUUUGGAGGCAUUUUCCAUUAUUGUUACGCAGAUGCUUGGACUCAGUCUGGGAAUAUCCUAUGAUGACACAACGAAAUGUCGCUGUUCAGGAGCCAUUUGUAUAAUGAAUCCAGAAGCUAUGCGAUCAAGUGGUAUGAAGACGUUUAGCAGUUGCAGUUUGAGUGACUUUGAAAAUUUCAUUUCAAAUAUGGGUGCCAGAUGUCUUCAGAAUAAGCCACAAAUGCGAAGAACCAUGGUAGCAAUCUGUGGCAAUGGCAAAGUGGAGCUAGGUGAAGCGUGUGACUGUGGUACUGAGGAACAAUGUGGAGCUGCUCCCUGUUGUAAUUUUCGUACUUGUACACUGAAACCAGGAUCACAGUGUGAUGCAGGAUUAUGCUGCAGGGACUGUCAAAUUGAAAGAGCAGGUGUUCAGUGUAGGGGAGCAAAACAUCAUGAAUGUGAUAUUGCUGAAUUUUGUGAUGGAAGCUCACCGCAGUGUCCAUAUGAUGUAACUAUACAGAAUGGACAUGUAUGUAAAGAAAAAUAUAUGUGUUAUGAUGGAGGCUGCCAGGAUCCAGAUGCACGUUGUGAGAUCACAUUUGGAAAAGGUUCAAAAAAUGCACCAUUUGCCUGCUAUGAAGAAGUACACUCUCAAGGUGAUAGGUUUGGGAACUGUGGUCAUAAAAGAGGCAGUUAUCAAUACUGUCUAUGGAGGAAUCUUCAAUGUGGAAGAUUAGUUUGUACUUAUCCUACUCGAAUUCCUUUUUACAGAGAAAAUGGUGCUGUGAUUUAUGCUUUUGUACGAAAUGAUUUAUGUGUAUCUGUAUUCUACAAAUCGGCUCAAUCACGAGAAGAUCCAAUGGUAGUCUUAAGUGGCUCUCCUUGUGACAUAGGGAGGGUAUGUAUAAAUGGUGAAUGUGUAGAAUCAAGGAUCCUUAUGGGUUAUUCAAACCUUUGUUCACAGCAGUGCAGAGGACAUGGAGUAUGCACUUCCAAUGAAACGUGCCAUUGUUUUGAUGGCUACCAGCCUCCAUAUUGCGAAAGACGUGGCAGAGAAGUUUCUAGUUUGUCUGGGAAACAGGGUUUAACCAUGGAAAGAACUCUUAGGAAGGCUGAAAAGAACCGAUGGCUUCUAGGUUUCUACAUUGCUUUACCUGUUAUCAUCAUAGCAACCAUAAUAGCUGUUUCGUGGCAUAGUUCGACCAAGUGGUUUGUCAAGGAAGAGGAAUCCCUAAGUAGCAACUCAGAAGGCAGCACUCACACAUUUGCUAGCAGAUCCAGAUCGGAAAGCAGCAGCCAAACAGAUAUAGUCAGAUCGAGGUCAGAAAGUAGUGCUCAAACAUAUACCAGCAGAUCCAAAUCACAGGAAAGCACCCAAACACAUAUCAGUAGUAACUAAUAAUUCCUUCAGAGGACAAUGGAUAUUACAGAGUGUCUCACUGAAAUGAGAAUUCCACCUUUCCUCCCUUGGUCACAGUCAAAGGAAACAAUAAACCAAGUGUGGAACUAUUUGCAUGUGCAUCUGUAUUUCUUCCUCUACCCCUGAGGCUUCAGUUCUGUCAUUUCAGGGCCCUUAACUGAAGAUAGCUCAGCUCAA